GCUUCUCGAUUCUGGGCUGUCAUCAUCGGAAUUGACCAGUAUGCAUACGGUGCACUGAGGGGGUGUGUAUCUGAUGCACAAUUAUUUGAGAGAUACCUGAGUGGUGAUCUCUGUGUACCCAGAGAGCGCAUUCAGUUGCUUCUCGGAUCCACGGAGCACGAUUCUCUUGACGAUCCGGUGUACCCUUCCCGUGCUCAUAUUAUCAACAUGCUUCUCAGUUUUAUCAAAAAUCCCUACAUUGAAAAAGGCGAUAACAUCAUCAUUUACUACGCUGGUCACGGCUCUUCCUAUGAAUGUUCGGAGUACCAAGAUGUCGAUAACCCAGAAUACGAAGAAGAAAUCAGUUUCGCAAGCACUGGAUACAUCGAAGCACUUUGUCCCAUCGAUCGUGAUACCUGUGAUGCGGACGGUAACCCUGUCCCUGACAUUAGCGACCGGGAACUCAACACGAUCCUAACGUUGAUCUCUCGAGCAAAGGGUCACCAUAUCACCGUCAUUCUUGACUGC